AUGAACGAAACUCUAAUAAGAAAUUCAUUUUCGGCCUCCUCGAUCGAUGUCUUAGUACGCAAAGUUCUCCUAGGAUGUUUAUUAUUUAGUCUAUCGAUCUUUACUAUCAUGGGAAAUUUAUUAGUAUUAUAUGCAAUACGAACAGAAAAGCGCCUGCGAACCGUAUCGAAUUUAUUUAUUCUCAGUCUGGCAUUCGCUGACCUAAUUGUCGGAGUUUCCGUUAUGCCGCUGAGUGCCGCAAAUAUUAUCGUUGGUCGGUGGCCAUUUUCAUCAGUUCUAUGUCAGAUGUGGUUGUCGGUAGAUUACGUUGCCAGUACGGCUAGUAUCUUUAAUCUCGUUCUUCUCAGUCUGGAUCGUUACUGGGCGGUUGUUUAUCCUAUACGGCAUUUUCAGAAUCGAUCACGUAAACGAGCAACUAAUUUUAUUAUUAUUAUCUGGUUUAUCUCGUUCUUAUGGGCGCCAGUCGUUAUCUUUUGGUCAUAUCUUAUUCCUCAACAUAGUCAUGUGAAUAAACCAACUGAAUGUGAUACAUCGUUUCGUUCGAAUAAACUGUUCAAGACAGUCGCCGCGCUGUUCAAUUUCUAUUUACCGUUAUUGUCAAUGAUCGUUAUUUCGUAUCGUAUCAUGCGUGCUGUGCGUUCACGUUCGACAAUGGAAUUUGGCCGACGGAUAUCUUCGGCAACGCAACGGCAGAUGAAACAAGAACGAGCUUAUCAAAAUCAAAUGAAAAUCGCAGCCUGUUUAUCCUUAGAUGAAAACGAGAAUCCUCCUACGUCGGAUUCGGUUCGGAUCGAUGAUAAUGUCGAUUUAACCAAUGCAAAUAAUAAUCCGGAUGACGACACAGAAAGUCUUAGUCAACUUGAGUUGAACAGAUCAUCUUUAAAUCAUGAUUCUCCUUUUUGUUUUCCUUCGAUAAAUCCAAUAAAAAAUCUCUUUCCAUCUUUAUCAUCCAUCCGAGAACAACAACGAAAAAGUGUUCAGUCGUCAAUUAACUCGUCCAGUUUUAAAUCGAUUAAAAAUUCGUUAAGUGUUCAUCACGACAUGAAAUAUCCUGAACAAAAAGCAAAUCAAAUCUCAAUUAGUUUAAAUAACAUCCCUCGCGCCGCGUCAAUAUCAAGUCUUUCAGACGACUCUCCUCAACCAAUGUUUACCUAUUCGGACAAACAACAACAAGGAAGAUCAAACGAGAAAAUCACUAUACAAAUUACUUCAACAUCAUCAUCAUCAUCGCCAACUCAUGUUGAUAAUCCAACAGAUACCUCGAAUAAUCAAUAUCUCCCGAUCCCAACACCAUCCGGACCGAUCAAUCCACCUCUCAAAAUGAAUAUUCUCACCUUCUUCGAAUACAUUCUUAAUCCCAGUCUUUCGAGUUCAUUGCAAAAAGAAAUCAAAGCUGCGAGACAAUUAACAUUACUCGUCGGCGUUUUUACUUUCUCACUCUUACCGUACUUCAUUCUCUUCUUAGUUGUUGCCUGGUGUCAACAUUGUGUAUCAGAUACAGUUUACACUACAGCGAUCUGGCUUGGUUAUUUGAAUUCAACUGUCAAUCCGUUGAUUUAUCCAUUAUGUAAUUUACAUUUUCGUCGUGCAUUUAAGAAUAUUCUGUAUUGUCAUCCUGCGAAAAGUAAAUUACCUAAUCUAGGCACAUUUCGUUCGAUCCGUCAAUCGUAA